AUGCCUCCAGUCCCAACUUCCAUUCUCCGUGCCCUCUCCAUCUCCGACCCCUCCAAAGCCUCGCUCUCAACAGCAGGCCUAGGCUCUGGGUUUACAACUACAGGCGCAAUAAAAGCCACAGUGCCAGGCGCAGACGGGCAAGAUGAAGAACGGAAAUACUUCGUUAAAACCUCCGCCGACGGCAACGCCGCAAAGGAGAUGUUCGAGGGCGAAUACGAGUCCCUGAACGCCAUCGCGGGCGCAGUGCCCGGCUUCUGCCCCCGCGCAAUAGCAUGGGGUCCACUUGAAGAAGGGAAGGGGGAGAGCUACUUCCUGGCGACGGAGUUUCUGGAUCUAAGGGCCAGUGGACGUGGUGGUGAGUCGCUUGCGCAAAGGCUGGGGAGGCUGCAUUCUACACCCGCGCCGGUGAAUCCGGAGACAGGCAAGAGGAUGUUUGGGUUCCCUGUGCCGACAUUUUGUGGAGAUACGAAGCAGCCCAAUAUUCCGCGUGAAAGUUGGGCGGACUUCUAUGCGAAUGACCGGCUGUUGACGAUACUGGCGACAUCGGAGAAGCGGAAUGGGAAGGAUGCUGGAUUGAGAAGGUUGGUUGAGCAGACAGCGGACACGGUUGUUCCUGCGCUGCUUGGAGAUAAACAUCUUGGGUAUGAUAAGUCUGGAAAAGGGGAGGGUAUUGUCCCUGUUGUCGUUCAUGGGGAUCUCUGGAGUGGAAAUGCGGACCGUGGUCGGAUUGUGGGGAGUGGGCGGAAGGGCGAUGAGGAAGUUGGCGAUGUCGUUUAUGAUCCUUCGGCUUCUUAUGCUCAUAGUGAGUUUGAUAUUGGGAUUAUGAAGAUGUUUGGAGGGUUUGGAUCCGCGUUCUUCAAUGAGUAUCAUCGAAUAGUGCCCAAGACAGAGCCGGUUGAGGAGUAUGAAGACCGGGUCCGGCUCUAUGAACUAAUGGCCCCCGAACAGAAGCAGGACUCGAAGAACCCGCCCGGCUCCGACGUGGCACUGCCUGAACCGCCGCCCAUCCACCCGUCCUUCAUCCAGGUAGCGAAGCCGUACAUCUUCGAGCAAACCAUCCAGAAAUGCAUGGCCUCCAUGGCGAUCAAUCCUCUGCGCGAGGAUAAUCUGCGCCUGCAGGGUGUCACCUGGAUCGAUAAUGUUCGUCGCGAGCUUAAUCUGUAUGAUGCUGCUGCGGCUUCGCUGUUUAUCGCCUGCAAGAUCGAGGACACGCUCAAGAAGUCGCGUGAGAUUAUAUGCGCCGCGUAUAAUCUAAAGCAACCGCAAUCCGAACAAAUCUCUCCAGAUAACCAGGUGCUCGAUGAACCCGCCCGAGGCAUUAUUGGUUUAGAGAGACUUAUGCUCGAGAGCUCUGGAUUUGACUUCCGGACGCGUCAUCCGCAGAAAACUUUGAUUAAGCUUGCUAAGAAAUACGGACUUGGACCGCAAUCGGAGGUAUCGAACGUUGCUUACCGCAUUUCGCAAGAUCUCUACCGCACCUUUGCGCCGAUUAAGCAGACCACAUCCACAAUGGCAUUUAGCUGUCUCGAGCUUGCGGGUCGUUUGAUCGAACAACGGAUUGAAGCAGUGGAGAUUGGAGCAGACUAUGCGAGGUGGGAAACAAGUCGGGAGGAGGUCAUGGAAACCCUCCUUGAUCUCCUUGAGUUGUACACUCACCACCGCAGCUCUACAUCUGUCGGGCCUCACUUCCCUGCUGACCGAUUCCUUACUGUGCGGAUUCCCCUGAAUAAAGAAGCGGAAGAAAAGAGACUGCCACGCUAUACCCACUCGACAGUCGAAGGAAGUUCUCCAAAAGACUCGCGGAAGGGGCCAACAACCAAUGGGUCGGCAACUAACGAGAAGAAUGCAUCCGGCUAUCAUCCUCUUAUCCCAGCCACAGCCCACGGAGAACGCCCGAAAACAGGAGAGAGGGGCCGGGACGCGGCGGUGCGGUUUAUUGUCGAUUCUGAGUACGCGGCGGCUGAGAAGGCCCGUGUCGCCGAGUACUUCAAGGUUGAAAUGGAAGAAUAUGAGGUGGAAGAAUGA